UUGGAAGCAAACUCUGUACAGACACAAGAUAAUAUGGCGACAUUGAGCCCAAUACCUAAAAGUAUACCUAAAAGACCUAUAAAGAAUGCAGUUAGUCCUUUAGAUGCGAAGAUGAUGAAAUUAAUGGAUUCUUAUUCAAAUAAUGAACCUAAAAUUAUGAAUCGGCAUCUUUCAUUUUUUAAUGGGAUAAUACCAUCAUUAGACAAGUUUGACGAUGAUGAAGUCCUCGAAUUCCAAAUGGGAGUGCUACAAUUAUUGAAAAAUAUUAAAAGCUGUCGCCGUCAUUCUCUUCAAAGUCCGGCCUCUGUCGAUUACUCCUAUUCUAACUACACAAAAAUUGAUUAUAACGACUUUUAA